UAUGUUAUCUCUUACAAUCCUGUUUAUCAAAAAUGUCUUGUUUGUUAAAACAACAUAAUUUAAAAAGAACAUAUUCAAACACGAUAUAAGUGUUUUAUAUUUAACAAAGAUUAAAAAUCUAAUCAUACGAUGCAACGUACAUUUUGCAUUUCGGAGAAAAAACUGAAUUCUCCAGCGCAUAUGUAUAUCAGCUGAUUCUCCCUCCUACCAUUUUUCAUCGGAGAACAGUGUACUCGAAUCGACACUGACUAGAUAAUAGAAUUGACUACAUACGUCGAAGUACUAUUUUUCCACAUUGUCAACAAAGAAAUCAUCCUAAACGAACAACUAAACUAUCUCGGAAGCUAAUGGCAGAUCAUGAAAUUGUCAGUUCAAAAAGAUAAUAAGUUUAUAUUACAGAUAAUAUUCACAUAGAAAAGAUUUCAUACAUCCGAAAACUUGUAUGUAUAAAAGGCAACUGAUUAUGGAAGUUAAAGAAUUAACUACAUCACGUUGGAUCGCAUUUCAAGGUCAUACACUAAACAAUUUUAGCACGAAGAAUCGUAACCAAAGAAAUAUAGUUAAUUUGAUUUGAUGUUUAUUUUGAGCACUUGUCAAUAGUUGGUUUUGGGGAUGGUUUAGCUGGUCUGGCUCAUCUUCUACCAUGUUACGUACUGCAGAGAAAAAGAUCCUUUCCUGUUUGAAAACUACAUACAGGGGAUGGUAUGUAGACAUAGGACCAGUUGUAGGAUCAUCAGAUAAGAUAUGGACUAUUUCUCUAAAUGAGGAGUCACCAAAAACUCCAAUUGUUUUGUUACAUGGUUUAGGAGCAGGUGUAGCACUGUGGUGUUUAAACCUUGAUGCUUUGGCUUCUCAAAGACCAGUAUAUGCUAUUGAUGUAUUAGGCUUUGGCAGAAGUAGUCGGCCAAUUUUUAGCAAUGAAGCACAAGAAGCUGAAAAUCAACUAGUCCGUUCCAUUGAAGAAUGGAGAAGAGAAAUGCAGUUAGAAAAAUUUGUACUACUGGGUCAUUCAAUGGGUGGCUUCCUUGCAGCAUCAUAUACUAUACAACAUCCUGAAAGGAUUAAGCAUCUUAUUCUGGCUGACCCUUGGGGUUUUCCUGAAAGACCUAUAGAACGAAUUUCAAGAGUACCCAUGUGGAUAAAAGUUAUAGCAUAUAUGGUGGAACCAUUAAAUCCAUUAUGGCCAGUUAGAGUAGCUGGACCAUUUGGACAGUGGUUAAUAGAAAAAACGAGACCUGAUAUAGUAAAGAAAUUUGUACCUGUUUUAAAAGAUGAUACUACUAUAAUUUCUCAAUAUUUGCAUCAGUGCAAUGCCCAGACACCAUCAGGCGAAAGUGCAUUCCAUGCAAUGAUGCAACAUUUUGGCUGGGCCAAAAAUCCUAUUGUGAGAAGAAUAGAUCAAUUGAAUCCAGAUAUUCCCAUAACUCUCUUGUACGGUAGCCGAUCAUGGGUUGAUAAUUCAUCUUGGGAAACAUUAAAACAGGCUAGAUCAUCAUGUUACAUUAAUGUUCAGGCAAUAACAGGAGCAGGUCAUCAUGUUUAUGCUGAUAAAAGUGAAAUUUUUAAUAAAUAUGUAUUGGAAGCAUGUAAUUUAAGUGAUUCGAUACCCCAUUUAACAGCAUUAAACAUUCGUUCAAACAUCAAACCUGCAAAUGAACAACAAAUUGACCUUAUUUUAACAGAUGAAGAAGUUGAUACAAAAGCUGUGCAAGAGCAAGAAUUGAAUGCAUCACAGUCACGAUCUAGUUGAAGUUUAAUGUACCAUUCUCAUGUUACAUAUCUUUUUUAUUUACACUGACAGUUAAAUGAACUGUAUGAGUCAUAUGAUCUAGACUAGGUAAAUGUAAUGCAAGAUACCAAACAUUGAUUAAUGUUACGCUAUAAUUUAAUUUCUAAUUUAUAUUAUAUCUUGUUAGUUCUUGUUUUACUGCUUAAAUUGUUUCAGAAACAAUAGCAGUUAACCCUUAGUUCAGAUUUAUUUAAAUCCAGCGUCUUCUUUUUCAAGUAUUAGUUGAUAUAUGAAAAUUUUAUAAAAUCCGAUUUAUUCUAAAAUAAUAUAAAUAUUUUAAAAUAAAUUUGGAAGGAAGUGAUUGGCACGAGUCCAUAUAUUUAAUUAUUAAUUUAUACAAACCUUUUUGAAACAGUUAUAAAUAUUUUGCGAUCAUGAAGAAAUUCUAGCAACAUCAAAGGAAAUUGAACCAAUGGGAUCAAUAAUUGACAUUAAUAUUGCACAUAAAUCAUGUUGUAAAUUCAAUGAAGAAAAAUUGAAUUGUACAUUAUGUACAGUUGUAACAUAAAACAAAAUUGAAUGUAGAAAUAAAUGUUAUUGAUACCAGU